AUUUAUAUGCUACAAUUGAGCCAUAUGAUAUGAAGUCAGCAUUGGAUAUCUUGGAAGAUAUGAAAAAGAAAGGCAUAACGCCUCAAGCAACGCAUUAUGCAUCAUUAAUCUAUGCAUAUGGAUGUUGUCAAAAAGAUUUAAACAGUGCCUUGGAUGUGUUCCAUUCUUUAAAAUCUUCAUAUAAUAUUAUCCCUAACGGUGAAGUCUUCAAAGCAUUAUUAGAAGCUUUAGUGAACAAUGAGAAAAUUGAGGAAGCUGAAAAAUAUUAUGAUGAGAUAUCCAAAGAAAAUAUUAAAUCCACGAGUAUUGAUAAUCUAUUUAUUAAAAGUUAUGGGGAGUUGGGGCAAUUGGAAAAGGCAGAAAAAAUAUUCAACAGCAUGGGUGAUUUUUCAAAAGAUCCAAGUACUUAUGGGGAAAUGAUUAAAGUUUACGCUUCAAAUGGGAAAAUUGAAAAGGCAAAAGAGAUCGCAAACAUUAUAGAAAAUAAGAAUUAUUCAGAAAUCAUAAAAACUUUGAUUUCAGCCUACACUAAAGCAAAACAUGAAAAAAAGGCACUUGAAUUGUUUCAACAGCUGGAAAAUUCAAAUAUUCAAACACGUAUUACACAAUAUAAUGCCAUGAUGCAAUACUAUACCACAGAUGUCCCUAAUAGAAAAAAAGCGCUUGUUUUCUAUCACAAAAGCCAACAAAGAAAUCUAGAACCCAAUUCGCACACAUACAAAAUAUUAAUAGAUUUAUAUGCUACAAUUGAGCCAUAUGAUAUGAAGUCAGCAUUGGAUAUCUUGGAAGAUAUGAAAAAGAAAGGCAUAACGCCUCAAGCAACGCAUUAUGCAUCAUUAAUCUAUGCAUAUGGAUGUUGUCAAAAAGAUUUAAACAGUGCCUUGGAUGUGUUCCAUUCUUUAAAAUCUUCAUAUAAUAUUAUCCCUAACGGUGAAGUCUUCAAAGCAUUAUUAGAAGCUUUAGUGAACAAUGAGAAAAUUGAGGAAGCUGAAAAAUAUUAUGAUGAGAUAUCCAAAGAAAAUAUUAAAUCCACGAGUAUUGAUAAUCUAUUUAUUAAAAGUUAUGGGGAGUUGGGGCAAUUGGAAAAGGCAGAAAAAAUAUUCAACAGCAUGGGUGAUUUUUCAAAAGAUCCAAGUACUUAUGGGGAAAUGAUUAAAUUGAUCGUAUGGUUUAUAUAA